CAGACAGACAGUUUGAUGGUUGGAUGAGGCUGGUGGCUGACAUCAGAAUGUAUUGCAUAGUUUUGUGAUGAAACAGUAGUAACGUUAGAUCUGUUCAUAUUUCCAACCAAACGGUUGGUAGAUUAAUCUGUCUACUUGAAAGUGCUAGUUGCCCCUUGUUUACGAUGCCUGCCAGCGGACCAGUUUACCAACCAACCACUGUUAGCUAUGAACAGCACGGCCCAGCUGGCUACUUGAGCCAAACUGUUAGUCAGGGCCUUCGCGGGGCACGAUGUACUCAGUGGCUUCUCCUGAUAUUGGGAUUAUUCUCAUUAGCUGUUGGCCUCAUUAUGGUAAUUGAAGGUGCUGUUGAUAUAGGAAAUAAACAUCAACAUGAGGUAGAACCAAGUGAUGAUAACAUGCCCCAAGGAGAGUCAACAGACUUGGUGAUAUUGAUUAUUGGUGCUAUUCUUAUGCUGUUUGGACUUAUGAUGCUAUCAUAUUAUGUACGAGCUGAACGCCGCCGUAAAAAUUGUCCGUGCUUUCCAUCCAAAGAACAACGCAUGGCCAGACAGCUGCGAGAGAACCAAGCAGGAAAUGGACAGAUUCUGACGCUGAACCCGUCUACCGACCUGCUGGUCACUGCGCAGUAUGCCCCAGUGUCGGAGGUCGCAUAUCAACCCCCCAACCUUGUUGCUGAUGAGGAGGAACGGCGCAAACUCAUGGGCAGUGAUAACAAGGACUGCAUACUGGGACGAUGCAGCAGCGUGGGAAAGGCUUCUGGAUACCGAAACCUACGAAGGCAGCGUAAGGUUUCGAUGACAAACUUCAGAAGACCUCCAUCAAUGAGCUCUGGUCCUGGUAUAGCUCCUUUGGCGAGCGGUGAAGAGAUAACACCGUCUUUGCGGUCAUCUUUUGCCAGCAUUUAUUUUAAUAUGACACCAUAUGACUCAAAACUCUCGUUGGAUGAGGAGGAUACCUCCUCUGUUUGUAGUGAUAUGCUGUGAAAUGCAGGUUGUGGUGGUUAGUGUUAAGUCAUGUGUACCACUGUUAGUGAUCUGUGCAACUCUGACUUCUUUCCUGUGUGGGAAAGAAGGUUAGAUAUGGAAUCACACUUGUAAGUACAGCUAUGACUUAAAACUUGAAAGCACUUUUUUCUAAGAAGUAAGAUCUUAUAACUGUAGAAGUUUCAAUUUUGCACAUAGGUGUCAUAGUUUGAAAGAGUCUGUGAUCUGACUGUGAAGCACAUAGCUUCCUAUUUAGUGUAAGACAUGCUUUUCAAGCAGUUUUUAAAUAUUUUUGUGCAUCUAUUGCAUGAAUUUAGUGCUUUCUUUUUUUACAAAUAUUUAUGCAAAUUUAAACCUAUAGAAGGCUUCUUUCAUUCUCCUUUUGUGUAGUUUGUGUUUUUGACUAUUGUACAUUGCCUUGAACAUAUGCUAAACAUAUUCAGUUAGCACUGUAAGGUAUUUAUAGCCCAUUGUGCUUCGGCAUAAAUUUAUUUAUUCAAAUUCACAUUGUUUUCAGUUUUAUUUUUAUGUUUACUGACUCUUGACUUGGUUCUCAAAAAAAGUCAAGAUUCUUAGUGUAAGUGAUCUUAUUGUUAAUUUACCUAACAAAGAUAAAACUAAGAAGCUAAUUAUGGUUACCAUAUCCAACUAAACAUUUCCUGAAUUCAACACAGCUGGGAAGAGCAAUGUUUCAUCUGAGAUGAGUACAGUUUAGUUCAAGGUUUAGUUACAUCACAAUUUUAAUUGUUGUGCAUCUGUAUGAAAACUUUUGCUCUGAAAGGAAUUUCUUUACAGCAUGCAUGCAUUCAUUUUAAACAUUGUGAAGAAUGUCAAUUUUGAGGCCCAUUAUAGCUCCAAAUAAUACAAAAGUAUUGAUAAGGUCUCAUUUUCAUUGUAUUUGUCAAUGAUGACGGAAUUAGCUCGACAAUUGAUUGCGAUCUAUUGUUUCCUUCUCUAUAUUAAUAGUAUUAUCAUUGACUAGGUACUUGUUUUCUGUGCAACUACACUGAGGGCCGCCCAAUCGGACUCAAUAGACGCGUUUUCUUUGAAAUCUCGAUCUCACAAUGUAAUUUGUACAUCUUAGCCUUCAUUGGGGAGAAAAUCAGCAGCAAUGAUUCCUCAAUUCAUUAUAAUGGUAUUAAUUUUUGUUAUGUUCAUAGUUCAUGCACAUUUUCUCACACAAUGAGCUCCUCCCUCAGUUGAGUUCAAUAUCAUUGUAUUGCAAACCUUCAAAAGAAGUUAUCUUAAACUAACUGUAGUGUAUCGAAUUCAAGUGUUUGGAGGUCAGUGCUGUCAUUUGUAGAGGCAUGUGAGGUAGAAGCAUGUUUUCUUUUGGUCCAAAAUUGACACUUUCUUUUAUUGUUUCCUUUGUUAUUUUUUUUGUUCCUUUGUUUGAUGUUUUUAUUUGCAACCUUUUAGAAUCUGGUUGUGAUUUGUUUGCGGCACACUUGUAACUUAUCAGUAUUUCAAGUUAUUUUGUUUUGGUUGUCUUCUUGAGAUGUUUUAUUCUCUGUGAACACCUUUCACAGACUUAGUAUUUAGUGUAUUUCUAGUUUGCAAGAAUGAAUUCAGAUCUGAUCAUCUUCGUGGUUUUAGAAAUCUUACAAAAUAUUUUAUAUUUGUUUUUUUUAAAAUGUGCAACUGUGCGUCCAUCACAGGCAAGACUUUUUGAACUUCUGUAGAUCUGUAACAACCACCAGUCUUGGUUUUUCUCCAUUUCUUUUAUUCAUAUUGUUAAGAAAACAUGUUAGAUCCAAUUUAUUAUUUUUCUUUAUCUUUAUCAUUUUUUGCCGUUUGCUUGUCCGAUUUACUCUGUUACCCUGUUACUCUUUUUUGUUAAUUGUCUUUUCUUGCCAAGUGGCGUCUAUUUGUGUUAUUGUUUUUCUUUCUGUUGAGUUCAAAUGAAAGUUUUAAUUGUUAUCUGAAUUAAGACAUGUCACUGAGCACAGUCAUUAGAACACUUAUCUUUCUUUUGCAAUCAAGAGUUAAAUCUUCCCCACUUUGCAAAGGCAAAACUGGCUGAGGGUGUGGUUGGGUGACUUUUGCCCCAAGAAACAUUCAUGCACAAUGUAUCUUAAACUGUAAUUUUUUUGGAAAUUAUUCAUCUUAUGAUUUAACUUUUGUGAAGCACUUUGUGAUAAGACUAUUUUGACACUAAAUUGUGCAGAAGUUGCUUAGUUAGCAUCAGACUGUUUUGUAUUGUUAACGGAGUUGUACUUUCCAUCUGUAUUUGUGCUAAUAGCACAGACUGCUUUUUAAUACAAUGCCAUUUUGCAAUCUUAAUUUUUCUAAUGUAUAAUUUAAAGGUUUUAUUUUAUUUUUUCAAUACCAGCAAUUAAACUCUAUUAUAAAUUUAA